AUGGCUAUUGAGAUUGAGCAACAACCCGCCGCAGCUUCUGUUGAGCUCUCGAAGGUCGCGGUCUCCGACACGCACGGCGAGGACUCUCCAUAUUUUGCUGGCUGGAAAGCUUAUGAUGAAGACCCUUAUGAUGAAAUGACUAACCCAUCAGGAGUGAUUCAGAUGGGAUUGGCUGAGAAUCAAGUUUCAUUUGAUUUGCUGGAAAAGUACUUGGAACAGCAUUCAGAAGAAACCAGCUUGGAAAAAGGAGUCUCAAGCUUCAGAGAAAAUGCCUUGUUCCAAGACUACCAUGGCCUUUUGUCUUUCAGAGAGGCAAUGGCAAGUUUUAUGGAACAAAUUAGAGGAGGAAGAGCAAAGUUUGACCCCAAUAGAGUGGUCAUCACCGCAGGCGCGACAGCGGCCAAUGAGCUCUUGACAUUUAUUCUUGCAGAUCCCGGAGAUGCUUUGCUGGUUCCAACCCCAUACUAUCCAGGAUUUGACAGAGAUUUAAGAUGGAGAACUGGUGUAAAGAUUUUCCCUAUCCACUGUGACAGCUCCAACAAUUUCCAAAUAACUCCACAAGCUCUAGAAGCGGCAUACAACGAAGCACAAUCCAAGAACAUAAGGGUGAGAGGCGUUCUCAUCACAAACCCAUCAAACCCUCUCGGCGCGACGAUCCAACGGUCGGUACUCGAGGAGAUUCUCGACUUCGCCACGCGCAAGAACAUCCACCUAGUCUCCGACGAAAUCUACUCGGGGUCGGUCUUCUCGUCGGAGGAAUUCGUCAGCGUUGCCGAGAUUCUCGAGAACCGGGGCUACAAGAACUCGGAGAGAGUUCACAUUGUAUACAGCCUCUCCAAGGAUCUCGGUCUCCCCGGUUUUCGCGUCGGGACGAUAUACUCCUACAACGACAAGGUCGUGACGACGGCGCGGAGAAUGUCGAGCUUCACGUUGAUAUCUUCUCAAACGCAACAUCUCUUGGCUUCCAUGUUGUCCGACAAGGAAUUCACGGAGAAUUACAUUAAGACCAACAGAGACAGGCUUAAGAAAAGGUAUGACAUGAUCAUUGAAGGAUUAAAAAGUGCCGGGAUUGAGUGUUUGAAGGGAAAUGCCGGGCUGUUUUGUUGGAUGAAUUUGAGUCCGCUUUUGGAGAAACCAACAAGAGAAGGCGAAUUAACGCUCUGGGAUUCGAUUCUUCGCGAAGUUAAGCUGAAUAUCUCGCCGGGAUCUUCUUGCCAUUGCUCCAAACCGGGGUGGUUUAGGGUGUGUUUUGCUAACAUGAGUGAGAAGACGCUUGAAGUGGCGUUGAAAAGAAUACACAAUUUCACGGAGAAAAGGGAGACAAUUAGUAGUAGAAAUUAA